CAGCAGCAGCGUGUUUCUGCUAGAUGCAGUCAGUUAGUGUCGAGCCUCACUGGUCUCAGCCGGCGAUCAACGCACUACAGUUUAGCUGCUGGAAAACAGGCAAAGGCAGACUGAGAGAAAAGAGUCGGAUUAUUUGUUUCUGGGAGUUUUUUUUUCACGGAGAAGCGAAGAGAGAAUCCAAAGCGAUCAGUUUGGACUUGAUGAGAAAGUCAAGAAGUCCCGCUCCUGGAGUGACCAGCGGAAUAUGAUUUGAAUCAGAGGAACGUAGAAAGCUGUGGCUCACUAACAGGAUGAAUCUCCGCUCGCUUCAUGCCGUCAUGCUGCUGUGGGCUUUGUGCCCCACUGUUCAGGCCCAGUGUGAUAAAUCACCCCAGACCAACAAGCUGAACCUCUCCGUCACCUACGAGCUCCCAACGUUCACUGCAGACUUCCCCAUCCAGAACAUGGUGACGCUGGAUGGGAUCAUCUACGCCGGGGCUGUGAACAGAAUCUACGCCCUGGCUCCGAAUCUUACAAAGCUGUCAGAGUAUCACACGGGGCCGCUGCUUGCCAAUGAGACUUGCGGCCAGAAAGUGACCAACGGCAGGGAGGACAACCACAACAUUGCUUUGGUGGUGGAGCACAUUUAUGACAAGGGGUUGUACAGCUGCGGCUCGGCAGACAAUGGUGUUUGCCGUCGUCACGUCCUGGAUGACGGCAUUAGCCCGAAAACUGUAGACAAAGAUGUCUACUGCUUUGCCGACAAGGUGAAUCUAGGAAAGGGUCAACCGAUUGAUGCGGAUGUUGUGGUCAGCCCUUCAGGAUCUCAGGUGCUCAAUGUGGAAAGCAACGUCAUCACGUUCUUUGUUGGGAACUCUGAGAUCCCAGGACUAGGAAACAUGUCAGCCUCUGCAACAAAUCCCCACACCCUUUCACUACGGAAGAUGAAGACGAGCCAGAAUGGCUUCUCUUUCUUCUCCAACCACUCCUACAUGGACCUGAUUCCUUCUCUACGUGGAAACUACUACCUGCGUUACGUUUACUCCUUCCACAGUGGACCUUUCACCUACUUUCUCACAGUGCAGAGGGUGAGCAGGCACUCCCAGGCCUACCACACCCGUAUAGUCCGCAUGUGCUCCUCAGACCUCGUGAUCCGCCGUUACGUGGAGAUGCCCCUUGAAUGCAUCAGCACAGAUAAAAGGCGACGUCGCUUCUUGGACGACGUCAAGGUAUUCAACAUCCUCCAGGCAGCCCACGUCACCAAGGCGGGCAAUGAUGUUGAACUGCAGAAGCAGCUUAAAGUGGAGGAAAGUGAUGACGUGCUGUUCGCUGCCUUUGCCCAGGGGAAGCCGAACUCUCCAGAGCCGACCCCUAACUCGGCCGUCUGCGCUAUAUCCCUGAAACACAUCAACAACAUGUUCAAGAUGUACAUGCACAGGUGCAACACAGAGGACCCGUAUCACUUCACUGGAUCAGACAAGAAGUCCUGCUACAAUGUGAGUUCAUCAGACGACUGCGGCCCACAUGAGGGAAUCCAUGAAGGGAAAGAGAGUAAUUACCGCCUGCAGGUGACCCAGUUUGUCCAGAGGUUGGAGUACUGGCACAAAGAGUUGACGAACACCUUGGUUACGUCUAUCACCGUGGUGCCAGUCCAUGGCCGUGCAGUGGCAUACCUGGGCACCGCUGACGGACGCCACAUCCAGGUGCUGUUCUCCCGAUUUGCGUCUCCUCAUGUCAACAUCCGCCUGGACUCCAGACCCGUCUCCGCCGUAGCGCUGCUGGACACUGACGGCUCAGAUGGAGCCCUGCUGGUGGCCACAGGAAACAAGGUCACUAAGGUCCCUCUGAUUGGCCCCGGCUGUGAUCAGCUGACCACCUGUACUUCCUGUUUGCUGUCGUCACGGGUGACAGAAUGUGGCUGGUGUGAUGGACGCUGCACCAGAGCCGACCAGUGUCCCUCCUCCUCAGCGUGGACGCAGGACUACUGCACACCUGUCAUCACGAAGGUUUUCCCAACCUCUGGACCAAUUCGAGGCUCUACAGUGGUGACGAUGUGUGGGCGCAACUUCGGCUAUGACAAGACGGAGAGCUUCAAGGCGUCCCUGGUAACAGUGGAGGUGGCGGGAGCUCCCUGCAAACUUUCCAGACUCGACAACAUCAACAGGUGGACUGAGAUGCAGUGUUCCCCAGUGUUCAGUGGGAACUUCACCCCAUCGGGACACACAGUGAAGGUCACCAGUGGCCACAAGGUAUCCAAGAUGGAGGGCUUCUCCUUUGUGGACCCUGAAAUCCAUGAAAUCUUCCCGACAUUUGGGCCGAAGUCUGGAAACACCAUGCUGACCAUCAGAGGAGCCUUCCUGGAUACUGGGAACAAGCGAGAGGUGACGAUAGGGAAAGCAGCCUGUAAGAUCCAGAGCUUGUCGUCCGCCAUGCUGACCUGUAAGACGCCGCCAAACGCUGUUCUCUCCAAGCAACCCGUGAAGCUGACGAUUGACUCGGUGGAGCGCCACACGCCUGCGCUGUUCACCUACAACCAAGACCCCAUCAUCAACAGCAUCCAGCCGUCUCGCUCCUUCGUCAGCGGAGGCUGCACAGUGUCGGCUCAUGGCUUCUUCCUCCAGUCCGGCCUCCAGCCCCAGAUGGUCCUCACCACCGGUCAGGAUGCUCAAGUCUUCCAUGUGAGCUGUGUGUACGGUGAGAACCGAACAUCCAUCCAGUGCACCACGCCCUCUCUGGCCAAACUGGCUCUGCAGCCGCCCGUGGUCACCAAGGUGGCGUUUGUGCUGGACGGCUACUCUACAGAUCAGUGGGACCUGAUCUAUGUGGAGGACCCGCUCUUCCAGGACCCCAAACUCACAUCUAAGGACAACAAGAGCAUCGUGGAGCUCAAGGGUGACCGGAUGGACCGGGAGGCGAUGAAGUGUCAGGUUCUGACCGUUUCCAACCACAGCUGUGAGAGUCUGACUCUGAUUGGAAACACUCUGGAGUGCACCGUCCCCACCGAGCUGCAGGCCGCCACCUCCAAGGAGCUGCAGGUGGAGUGGCGCCAGGCGGACUCCAUCAGACAUCUGGGCAAAGUGACGCUGGCUCAGGAGCAGGACUACACAGGCCUGAUCGUUGGCUGCGUGUGUGUCACCCUGCUGCUGAUGCUGCUGGGAACGCUGCUCAUGUGGAGACGGAACAAACACAUUGAUGAUCUGUCUGAGGUGUGGUAUGAUGGCCGGGGUCACAUCCAGCAUCUGGACAGGCUGGCUAACGCGAGGAGCGUCAGCCCCACUAACGAAAUGGUCUCCCACGAGUCAGUCGACUAUAGAACAACCCUGCUGGAGGAUCAGGGCACCGACAGGCCCGAGACAUGCCGGGGGGCUCCUCCCAUCUACGGAGGCAAUGGAGAGCUUCUGUCCCCCAGACUGGGAGCACUGGGAGGUGGGAUGGGUCUGGGGAUGGAAGGCGAGCUGGUGUCCCCACUGCUGAUGGCCCCGGUUCACAUCGACCCAUCCUGCCUCCACCCUGACCUGCUGACUGAGGUGCAGCACGUGGUGAUCGCCAGGGAGCAGCUGCUGCUCCACCUCAACCAGGUCAUCGGCAGAGGUCAGUCACAGAGAUGCUUUAUUCACUGUCAAAUACAUCAUUUAAAACAUUCGUUAUCACUGAGUCAGUCAGGUGGGGACAUUGUGGUUAUGUUCUUUUAUUUUGGACACCGCUGUGGUGUUUCAGCACCGCUUGCAUCACUUGUUGCUUGUUUGAGCAACAAGUGAUGCAAGCUCAUGCUG